GCGGCGGGGUUCUGCGGGCCGUCCGGUAGGGCCGGCGUCUGGCUGCCCCGUCCAGUUCGGUCCCGGGCAGAGCAAGACAGCGCGGCCUGAGGGAGUCCUGCCUCGGCGCCUGCCCGCCCUUCUCCCGGGCGUCGGCGCCGUUCCGGGGCGGCGACCCGGCCAGCGGCUGCCAGUCCCGGCACUCCCCUUCUCCUCCCUGGGCUGGGCUUCGCGGCCGGGCGCUGCCGCUACUUCUGCGUUGGCCGUUUUCUGUUUGUCUGGCGUGCCGUUGGCCAGGCGACUUCAAAGUCCUAUGCGGUCGGGCGCAAAUUCUCUCGGUUAGUGGGCCCGACCGCCCCGCACUGUCCAGGGAGCUACGGGGGGGUAAGUGCCUCUCUGGGAGUCACAUUUCCAGUGGAAAGGAGACUCCUGUUUCACUUUCUUGGUGUCAUAUUUCGGUUCCGUACACACAAACCACUGCCCUCUUCCCCUGAGGCUCCCCACUCUUCUCACGGUGGCUGUCACUGAGCUUUCCCUGCGUUUUCUCAAGGUCUAUCUAAGCGCGUUGUGUGUGUCUGAAGAAGGGAAAACUUGCAGUCUCACGUAGAUUUAAUUUUUUUCCCUUUUAGGGCGUGUGGGUACCUUAGCUGCCCUCCUUUUGGGUUUUUGUUUAUAAAAUUGGAAAAAACAAUAGAAGAAAUCGCGCUUCCAAUUAGUCAUUUUUUGACCCUGCUUCUCAACUCCAUUACACUCAACAGUGUUACCAUUUAACGUGCCAGUGUGCUUACUACGUGGUAGAGAGACCUGUGUCUCCGUCCAGACUUUUGAAUAUCUUAAACUUUUACAAUGUGUGAGCUUACCUGCGGGCUAUGGUUAUAUUUAAGGUUAGUUACUGAGGGCUUGCUGUGCAGCAGGCGCUGUUCUAAGUGCUGUAUGUAUUUUAGCUUACUUACUGCUCAUUAUCCUAUUAGGUACUUCAUGUUUUUGGAGGAGAAAACUGAAACUCAGACGUUAACUUGCUUGAGGUCACAUACCUACGAUAUGUGGAUCCUGUAUGCAGUGAAUACAGAAUUUAAAGUUAGCCUCUAAUCUUUCUGAAGAAAGGUGUAAAGAUGGAUAGGGAAUUGGUUGUCUAAAAUGUUAUUUUAAAUUUCCCCAUUCAGGAAGCACCUACUCUGAGAAGGUCUUUUCUGGGUAGGGGGCUAUAGUGAGAAGGGCAGGUUUUUUAGUUUAUCGGUCAUCAGCACAUUCUGACCUUGAACUCUUUCUGGAAGAGCCUGUUGAUAAGAUACUAAAUAUCAACCUUGCUAGCUAGCUAGAUUGUGCUUUUCCUAUUCACUACUCUCAAUGCAACACGAAACUCAGGUCACCAAAAUGUGUGUGGAUUUCUCCCCACCAGCAACCAAUCAAUUCUGCAACAGACACCAACAAGUUGGGUGUCCUCUAAUUCAGUUAAAUUCAAUUCUGACGCUAUCACCUGGAGAUAGCAUCAGAUCCUAUAGGUUAAGGGCUCAGUCCCACAAGACUGCCUCAUCACCCCCAUUUCAGAAGCCAGUUGCAAGUCCAGGCCUCCAGAACUUCUGACAGACCAGCUAUAAAUUGGAUUUCCCAUGACCCCCUCCUUGGCUUUGAUUAAUUUUCUAUGGCAAUUCGCAGAACCCAGGGAAACACUUUAUGUUUACCAGUUUAUUGUAAAGGAUAUUACAAAGAAGAUGAGCAGCCAGAUGGAAGAAAUGCAUAGGGGGAGGGGGGAGGGGCUUCCAUGCCCUCUCUGAGCAUGCCACCCUCCAGGAACCUACACCGGUUCUGCUAUCUGAAAGCCCCUUAUCCCCCAAUUCAGUCCUUUUGGGUGUUUAUGAAAGCUUCAGUAUGUAGACAUGCUUGAUUAAAUCACCGGCCACUGAUGAUCAAGGUAACCUUCAGUUCCCUACCCCCUCCCUGCAAGUUGGAUGGGACUGAAAGUCCCAGCCCUUUAAUCAUGGCUUGAUCUUUCUGGUGACCAGCGCCCAUCCUGAAACUAGGGGCCUCCGGCCAUCAGUCGACUAAAGCAUUCAUCGCUCAGAAGAUUCCUACGAUUUUAGGAACUGUAUGUCAUGAAAUUCAGGUGAAGAUCAAGUAUGUAUUUCAAAAUGUCACGAUUAUUAUUGUAGAAUACAAUGCCUUGAUAUUUGCCUUUUCUAGCAAACCAAGAUUUUAAUAACUACCCUAUGGGACUGCAUAGAGGCGUAUAUAGGAUGAUGGCAAGCAAUUUAGAAGGGAAAAAAGAAAAAACCACAUCAGAAGAAUGUUAUCAAGACCCUUGGAGGCGAUAACUUCUUGUCCAGGAUUUCCACCUGUGUUUGUGCAAAUGGGGCUUGACAGUAGUUGAAAACAGGAACGAGAAGACUGCCUCUUUCAGGCAGAUCCCUGAAACUGAAAGUCAUUUAAAUCCUGCCUCUUGCUCACUAAAUCCUGUAGUCCAAACCCUAAGUCUUGGCUACCUUACCUUCUCAAAUGGCUAUUCUUUCUUGCUUGCUGCCUCAGACUGGUGGCCAAGGCCAACACUUUUAGACCUUGCUUAAUCCCUAAUUUCACCUAGCAGUGAAGGUCUAUGCUUUUCAGACUUUUGAAACAGGAAUUCAAGACACUAAAACUUGUGCUAAUAGUGGUUUUGGGUUGGGGCUUUCCACAGCUGAUGACACUGGAAAAAUCUACAGACCCUAGAUCGAGGCUCAGCUGUUCACCACAAAUGUAGUUGAGGUCUUUUGGCUUUUAUUUUAGCUGCUUGUUUCUGUUUGUUGUUCGUAUAAUUGCUGUCUCCGCAAAAGCAGUGAAUGGAGAAUUCUCCGUAAGGUCAGCAUUUAAUUAUUGCCUUGUUCUGGCUGCUACGGUAUUACAACUCUUGGAAUAAUAUAGCAUCGAUCCUACUAUUAAAGUUGCCUGGAGCAUGCCAGCACGUCGGACAUCGGUGUUCCAGUGACUGCCUCAGUCAUUGAAUCGAGUGGGAGGCUCGUUUUGCAGUUUACUAUCUUCGUGAGCGGCGGCCAAGGCGCGGGACCCAUCCGAUGACUAGAUUGGGUCCUACCCCCGUCCGUCAUUGGAAGACUGGGCACCGAGGGUUUUGCAGUACGAUUUGGAAGCUGAGCACCGCCUCUGAAAACGAUAGUGACAGGGCGGUGAGGAGAAACUGCAUUUUGCUCCUCAUUGGGUAGCUGCUCUGUCAGUCAUGCUCUGCUCCCGUUGGUGUGAAGGCUCCGGGCGGGUAGCAUGGACACAGUACUGCCCCCCUCCAAGCUGGGAUCCAGGCGAGUGACGUCUCAGACAUUUGUUGUUGGGGUUUGGGCCUCAUUAAUUAUUCAUCAGGUGCUUGAGAGGGCUGCACCGAUUGGUGGCUGAGAGGCCUGGUCGAUUGUUUCUUAGCUGGAGAUACGUGUCGCCCCGUGCGGGGCUGGAGAAACUUCGCAUAAAUUAUUCCGAUACGGGAGGGGCGGAGCCACGCAUAGAUUAGUUAAAUGAGCCAGGGAGGGAGGGAAGCCGGCUGCGAAUUAGCCUAAGUUAUUAAAGAUGGCGGCGGAGCGGAGUCGCUCCCCGAUGGACUCGCCGGUUCCGGCCUCAAUGUUCGCCCCCGAGCCCAGCUCCCCGGGGGCGGCCAGGGCCGCGGCGGCCGCCGCCCGACUCCACGGCGGCUUCGACUCGGACUGCAGCGAGGACGGCGAGGCGCUCAACGGCGAGCCAGAGCUGGACCUCACCAGCAAGCUGGUUCUAGUGAGCCCUACAUCAGAGCAGUAUGACAGCCUACUUCGGCAGAUGUGGGAGAGGAUGGACGAGGGAUGCGGAGAGACCAUAUAUGUCAUUGGGCAGGGAUCAGAUGGGACUGAGUAUGGGCUGAGUGAAGCUGACAUGGAGGCCUCCUAUGCCACAGUGAAGAGCAUGGCGGAACAGAUAGAGGCCGAUGUCAUCCUUCUGCGGGAACGUCAAGAAGCUGGGGGCCGGGUGCGUGAUUACCUGGUCCGGAAACGAGUCGGAGACAAUGACUUCCUGGAGGUCAGGGUAGCAGUAGUGGGCAACGUGGAUGCCGGCAAAAGCACUCUUCUGGGGGUCCUGACACAUGGGGAGCUGGACAACGGCCGAGGCUUUGCCCGCCAGAAACUCUUCCGCCACAAACAUGAGAUUGAAUCUGGGCGUACUAGCAGCGUGGGCAACGACAUUCUGGGCUUUGACAGCGAAGGCAAUGUGGUGAACAAGCCCGACAGCCACGGUGGCAGCCUGGAGUGGACAAAGAUUUGUGAGAAGUCCACUAAGGUUAUUACCUUCAUUGACUUGGCUGGCCACGAGAAGUACCUGAAGACCACUGUCUUUGGCAUGACUGGCCAUUUGCCUGACUUCUGCAUGCUCAUGGUGGGCAGCAAUGCUGGCAUCGUGGGGAUGACCAAGGAGCACUUGGGCUUGGCACUGGCACUCAAUGUACCUGUCUUUGUGGUAGUCACCAAGAUUGACAUGUGUCCUGCCAACAUCCUGCAAGAAACCCUGAAGCUGUUACAGCGCCUGCUGAAGUCACCAGGCUGCCGGAAGAUCCCUGUGCUGGUGCAGAGCAAGGACGAUGUGAUUGUUACAGCCUCCAACUUCAGCUCUGAGAGGAUGUGCCCGAUAUUCCAGAUCUCCAACGUUACAGGCGAGAACCUAGAUCUGCUGAAGAUGUUCCUCAACCUCCUCUCCCCCCGCACCAGCUACAGGGAGGAAGAGCCUGCUGAGUUUCAGAUUGAUGACACCUACUCUGUCCCCGGCGUGGGGACGGUGGUGUCAGGGACAACACUGAGGGGCCUGAUCAAGCUGAAUGACACACUGCUGCUGGGCCCAGAUCCCCUGGGUAAUUUCCUGUCCAUUGCUGUCAAAUCGAUCCAUCGCAAGCGCAUGCCUGUGAAGGAGGUGCGGGGAGGCCAGACGGCAUCUUUCGCGCUGAAGAAGAUCAAGCGAUCGUCCAUCCGGAAGGGCAUGGUGAUGGUUUCCCCACGCUUGAAUCCCCAAGCCUCCUGGGAGUUUGAGGCUGAGAUUCUCGUCCUCCACCACCCCACCACGAUUAGCCCGCGCUACCAGGCCAUGGUGCAUUGUGGGAGCAUCAGGCAGACGGCCACCAUUCUGAGCAUGGACAAGGACUGUCUGCGUACCGGGGACAAGGCCACUGUACACUUCCGCUUCAUCAAGACUCCGGAGUACCUGCACAUAGACCAGCGGCUGGUGUUCCGGGAAGGCCGCACCAAGGCUGUUGGCACCAUCACUAAGCUCCUCCAGACCACCAACAACUCCCCGAUGAACUCCAAGCCCCAGCAGAUUAAAAUGCAGUCGACGAAAAAGGGCCACCUGACCAAACGAGAAGAGGGGGGCCUGUCCAGUGGGCCGGCAGUAGGAGGACCCCCACCUGGAGAUGAAGCGUCCUCUCUAGGGGCUAUGCAGCCAGCUGCGUCCAGUAGUCUCCAGCCGCAGCCUAAGUCCAGCAGCGGGGGCCGGCGACGAGGGGGCCAGCGCCACAAGGUGAAGUCCCAGGGGGCCUGUGUGACGCCUGCCAGUGGAUGCUGAAUCUUACCCAGCCCACCCCCACCACCCAAGGGGUCCUCACACUCUGGCCACUGUUCCACCAGAAGGACAGAGCAGCUCUGACUGCCACCCACUCUCCCCCAGGGCCACAGCCAGAGCCUCCACGUUACCCCAGCCCCAUUUUCCAGGGGCGUGUAAUUUAUGAGCUGAGGAAGAUGGCCAGACUCCCAGAGGACUGACCAUCUCCCACCCUCUUCCCUGCCUUCUUCCUCACUCACAUGUUUUUUGUACAUCUGGGCCCUUAGUUUUUAUUCUGUUUAUUAUAUGUCUCUGUCUCUGUCUAUUCAGUGUGUGUGUGUGUGUGUGUGUGUGUGUGUGUGUGGCACAGGAGUGCCACCGCCAGGGCCCUGUCAGUCUCUCUCCUUUUCUCCUCCAUGGCUGCCCAGCUGCCCGCCUGCCUGUGUGUCUCUGUGAGAAUCCUUAGGGCCGUGAGGGGACGUCAGGAGCUGAAAGAGCCCAGCUUUCCUGUCUCACUGCUCCUCUCGGCACUCAGAAGUCCCUUCCAUGGAGCCAGACUAGGCAGAGGGGCUUCUGGGAUUCAGUGCUGCUGCCAGAGCAGGGAGUCUCCCAUUAGGACUUGGGGAUUUUAGCAGGGAGAAAGCGAUGGCUUCCCCUUUUCUCUGUCUCCCUCUUUUUCCCUUUAAGCCCCCAAACAGGUAAUGCCAAAAGCUCUCCUGUUGUGACCUGUAGAUGUGUGGAGCGCAGUGGCAGCAGGAUUGUAGGACUCUCCCUGCUCCAGACUCUGACCCUUGCCACUGACCCAAAGACAUCUGGUGGGUUUUCCCCAUGGAGACAAUCCUGUUUGCCUGGGCUGGCCCCGGCUACUCCCGGCUGCCAAUCUGCUUGGCCUGGAGCCUCCCUCCAUGCCCAGGAGCCACCCUCUGUGGACUUCGGCUUUUCGUUGGGCCUCGGGCACCGGUUACUAAAUUGAGGUCUGGGUCUGCUCAGGAUCAUGUCUUCUAGCACCUCCUGUUCCUGGGGUGGAGGGGUGUUCCUCUGAGCCAGGCUGGGACUGGAACCCCUCCUUCCCUGCCACAUGGCCCUUAACACAGCUACUACAGGAACACAGCAGUAAAGGGCCUGAGCCCCAGGUUUGGAAGCCCCGAUUGGGGUGCAGGGUUAGGCAGGUAGAGGUUAAUGAAAAAGACUCCUCCAGGCUCAGCACAGAGCAUUUAGCCUUCUGGAAGAGCUCUUACGUGGGUGGCAGGUGGAGUUUUGCAGGCCACAGGUGGUGACAGGUGCCCCAGCCAGCCUUGACUCAGCUCUGCACUGAAGCCCUUGGUGUAGGGUGGGCUGAUGAGUGGGGGGUGUUCCUUCUCUAGCCGGGGCAGACACCCAGCUGGCUGGGUCCUUGCUCAGCCUCGCCUCCUUCCUGUCCCCAACCUUCUUUCCUCCUGCUUCCCGACUGCUGGUCCCAUGUCCUCCCCUCCUUCCAACUGUUUCUAGUUACCACCGACCCAUGGCCAUGGACUGAUCAGACCAGCAUCAAAAUAAAAAUUUGUUCCAAGGUGACAGUGUCGUGUUCCCUGCCCAGCCCCUCCAGGUGGAGGUGCUGCCAUGGGAACGCUGUUGCUCUGCCUGCCCUCCAGCCCCUGGCAGCAGCUGGGAGCAGGGCAGGGCUGCGAGGAGCCCAGCUGCCUGGUCAGGCAGGUGUGGCUUCCAAGUUAGGGCUCCUCCACCAGCUGUGUGACACAGGGCAAGUUACCAACUUUCUCUGAACCUCAGUUUCCUCAUCUAAAGCAAGAAGCAAAUCCCAACAUCAGGGCUCUACAAAUUCAGUGAGAGAAUGUAGGUGAGGCCUUGGCAUGCCCCGCAUGUGGGAGGUGCUUGCUCAGUGCGUGGCUCACCACACUGUUAAGCACCCAUGCCAACUCUGCACCCUGGGUGGGCUUGAAAGGGGAGACAUGGCACUAAUGUGUCUGCUGCAGCUAGGACUGCCAGGGGGUCUCACGCUUCAUGUUCUUUGACAUUCAUAGCUACCAUCUCUGAGGUAGAUGUCAUUAAUUCUGUUUUUCUAGUUAAGGAAACUGAAGCUCAGAGAGAAAUGUCACCAGCAGGUGUUAAUCUUGCACCAGCCUUGCCCCCACAGCUUUUCCCAGUCAGCCGCUCCGGCUUGUCCUCUGGCCCUUACCCGUCCCUUGUCUAAUGGCUGCUUCCCUCUUGCCCUUCGCUCCAGCUCUGGCUCCGUGUACAGGCGCUGCUGGCCGCUGGUGCCUUCGUAACAGGAGGCCUCCCGCGUGCAGUGCCCCGGCACGGCAGCGGGUGUGGAGUGCGUGUUUCCACAGGACUUAGCCAUGGCGGAACCUCAUUUUGUUUGAACUCUUUUGCCCCUGUAAGUGGCAGUGGUUGCUAAAACCAUUCUUUGCAUUCAGGAGCUCUGGCCACCACCCUGGCUUCUGCCCCCAGACAUGCAGGAGGGUGGGUCUGGGUCUGUAUAGUCACCAAGUGCAUACCAGGCCAGCAGGGGGCUGACUGUAUCCAGUGUUGACAGGGACAACAAAGGUCCCUAGAGGUCUCAGCCCUCCCGACUAUCCAUUUGGAACAAAACACCAGCCCUUUUGUAGUUGAAGAAUAAAAUUAAUCCAAUUAUCUCGAA